GAGCAUGCUGGAGCAGACUCUCCCCCACACGGUUGAGCUUCACAACCCACCUCAAAGCCCGUCUCAGCCUCCUUUUGGUCAACAUGGACUUCAACGGCACGUGGCAGGUUUACGCCCAGGAGAACUACGAGGCCUUUCUCAAGGCCAUGGAACUCCCCGAUGAUGUCAUCAAGAUGGCCAAGGACAUCAAGCCGGUGACGGAGAUCACGCAGAAGGGCAGCGACUUCGUGGUGACCUCCAAGACCCCCGGGAAGACCGUGACCAAUUCCUUUACUAUCGGCAAGGAGGCUGACAUCACCACCAUGGACGGCAAGAAGCUCAAGUGCGUUGUCAACUUGGAGGGCGGCAAGCUGGUCUGCAACACCGGCAAGUUCUGCCACAUCCAAGAGAUCAAAGGAGGCGAAAUGAUCGAAACCUUGAACAUGGGCUCCGUAACUCUCGUCAGGAAGAGCAAGAAAAUGUGAAAAAUUGGAAGGCGAAUUUUGAAAUAAAUGUCUAUUUAAAACGAA